AUAUACACUAUACAACCAAAAGUAUUGGGACACCCCUCCAAAUCAUCGGAUUCAGGUGUUCCAAUAACCUCCAUGGCCACAGGUGUAUAAAAUCAAGCAACUGCUUCUACAAACAUUUGUGAAAGAAUGGGUCGCUCUCAGGAGCUCAGUGAAUUGAAGUUUGGUACCGUGAUAGGCUGUCAACCGUGCAAUAAAUCCAUACGUAUAGUUUUCUUGUUACUAAAUAUUCCAUGGGCAACUGUUAGUGGUAUUAUAACAAAGUGGAAGCAACUGGGAACAACAGCAACUCAGCCACAAAGUGGUAGGCCACGUAAAAUGACAGAGUGGAGUCAGCGUAUGCUAAAGAGCACAGUGCAGAGAAGUCGCCAACUGUCUGCAGAGCCAAUAGCAAAAGAUCUCCAAACUUCACGUGGCCUUCAGAUUAGCACAACAGUGCACAGAGAGCUUCAUGGAAUGGGUUUUGAUGGCCGAGCAGCUGCAUCCAAGCCUUAUAUAUCACCAAGUGCAAUGCAAAGCGUCGGAUGUAGUGGUGUAAAGCAUGCUGCCACUGGACUCUAG